CAGUGCUGAGAGCUGGGGGAGACAGAAAGGAAGGAGAGUGAAGCCGGAGUAGAGACACCAGCAGGUGCUGAGGGUAGAAAAAAAUACAGCAGAAUUGAAUUAAGGUAGCAAUCAAAGCUAGGUAAUCAGGGAAAAGUGUGUUAAAGGAUACAAUUAAAGAACAGAAAAUAGUCAGACAGAAAAUAUAUUACAAUCUUAGUUUUUCCUAAGCUGGAGCACACUUAUUUUCUGUCUCAGCCACCCUCACUGAGCUCUUCACCCUCCUUUUCUCCUACGGAUUCUCCUUCCUCGGAUCAUCCCCUCCUCCUCCUCUUCGUCCUUUCCUCCUCUUUGACAGACAGAGCCACAAUGGAAACUGGGAGCCCCAGGAAGAUACAGUUCACCGUUCCCCUACUGGACACCCACCUGGACCCAGAGGCAGCUGAACAGAUCAGAAGACGUAGACCAACACCUGCCACUUUAGUGGCAUCCAGUGAUCAAUCAUCACCUGAAAUAGAUGAAGAUCGCCUCCCAAACCAGUUGUACAAGGCAGCCUUGUUGAAUUCCCCUCGACAACGACGAAAAGGGCAAAAGGGAACACCUACAAUGAAAGAGCUGCAGUUCCUGGUAGAGCACCACCUGUACAGACAGCAGCAGGGAGCUGGGGACGAGUGCUCCUCAGAGAGUUGCCUGUCGGACCGCCCCAGCCCUGAUUCUGUUCCCACCGGGGAGGAGCUCCCACACGACGAUGAGGCCACUGCAGAGGCCUUUGAGAAACUGCGCUGCCAAAUGGAGGAGUUCUCAAGGGAGAGUCUAUUAGAAGCUGCAGGUGGACUCGAGUGCGCCCCCUCCAAGGAGAAAGAGGACUGUUCCAGCGUUGCCAAUGUAGCAGAUCCCUCAUCGCAACAAAACAACGCACAAGCAGACACAAAAGCAGCAGCAUCCAGUGCGAUUCAGCCUGGAGAGGAGAAGACAAAGAAAUGCAGCCUGGAGAAAGAGAAGUAGAGAGCUCUUUUCUGCACAACACAAUGCUGCUCAGUCUGCUCAGCCAGCCCAACACAAUGACAGAGGAUUGUGUCUGCAGAUCCAGUUUUUAGAUACAUCAGGGCAUCUAUGUUCCUCUACAGUCAGGCCUUAGUUACCAACCAGAGAACAAGAACAAAGGUUUCUACACUUAUUUUGUGUCAAAAUCCUGUGUAAAGGGACAAUUAUUUAAAUAUAUUUGUUUUCUAUGGCUUCCCCUGCACUAAAAUAAAAAUAGCUUACUGUAUGUAUGAACCAGAAUGGAAAGAAAAGAGAGUAUUUUCCUGUCUCAGUCACACAAUCAUUAUCAUAAACUACCACAACUCACAGGCAUGUCAAAGGCAACAAAUAUUAUAUUUCCAAUCCUUUUAGACAGUUUCUGUAAUUAAAUAUGUGCCAUGACUUCUGCAAUUAUUGUUCCAAAAGCAAUAAAAAAUUAUUUGUACCUCAUAACUGGGACCGAGACCAUCACUUUUAAAUUCAAAUGUCAUCAUUUAGUCCCAGUGAGAUAGAAACUGAAGCUACUUAAAUUAAUGGACUGCACAUCUGGGAUGAAAAUAUUUACAUAUGUUUACAGUACUGGAUCUGACAUAUACUGUACGUUCAGUAAGUCCAACUGAAAUUCAAUUGCAUAUUAUUUUUCUGCAACAAAAUAUAGGGCUGCAACAAUUAGUCAAUUAAUCGAUUAAUAAAUCCCAUUAUUCUCUGGUUCCGCAGCCCAAGUGCGAGGAUUUGAUGGUUUCUAGUCUAUUGUUGGGUUUUGGACUGUUGGCUUCAUCUUGUAACUGUGAGGGACAUUUUUCACUAUUUUCAGACAUUUUACAGACUGAGCUAUUUUCUCGAUUAAGUAAUGAAAAUAAACGUUAGUUGCAGCCCUAACUGCAUUUAUAUCUGCACUGAAAAUCACUUGUCCUGAAACCAAAAGAGAGAAAUUUUUGGUUUCAUGAUGGCGCCCCCUAGUUUUGCAUUCCUUUGUCAGAAUAUCGUAAUGUUACUGUCUACACAACCAAUCAAAUCGCUUUAUUUUAAACAAUAUUUGCAUGAACAGCGUUCAAUGGUAAAACUUGUGCAAGACACCGUGGUGCUGGCCUCUGCAGAUACAAUACUACAAGCGUGCGCAGUGGCAUUUAUCCUCAACCUGUUGUUCAUUGCAGUAUUCUCCAAAACCCAAACAAAAUCUUCAGUGGAUAAGCAAGAAGUCAAUGAGUGUUAAUGGAAGCCAACAUGGCUACACACGCUGCUCAGGAGUUUGUCAAUGCAGAGUAAGAAUUGAUCUGCUUAUAGCAAAAUAAAACGUCUGCAUGUUCUCUCAAGGAAGGGUCGAAGAGGGGUCUGUAGAGUCCAACCUCAUCGCCCAGUCCACCUUCAAACUUUCAGGAGUGCACGACCAAGUGCUGCAACAACUUGCGGAGCCUUCGCACUCCAUCUUCUGACGAUCGUACCCUAACACCAGGGACAAUGUGUCAAGCAUAAGCAGGCUUUAGACUAACAGUCAGACAUCUACAACACAACAUAAGAGACACAGAAGGAUGAGCAAUGAAAGCCACAUUAGCUUUCCUGCUAAAGUCUUCCUCUUAUCUAACUAACAAACAUGAACACGUCUUUCCUGCACCUUAGCUUGUUGAACGAUUCACCGGGGAAAAGUGCACUGCUGACUCAGUUUGAAGGCUAACAAGCCAAUUAGCCACUCAGAUGCAGCACAUUAAACAGCAUGUAAACAUACCUGAGAUGCUGGUGACAUGUCAUCUAGGCUACAGUUCAAGUUUGUUUACUUUGUCUGUCUUGCCAGCUGCUGUCAACCAAUCACAGACAUGCACCCAGCUGCUGAGAGGAAUAGGAGCAUUUCUAAAAUUUUCCAAAAUACUUUCCCCCCUUAUUUUUAAAAAUGAAAAACUUUUAAUGAUACAUUUUUAAAACCAUCUCCAGAUUAGAAAAAGGAAUAACUAAAUUGGAUGUCAGUUGGACAAUUGGAGGAAGUAACUACUGGUAAAGUUAACAACAAUGAUAUCAUGUAUUUUUACGGAAAUGGACUGAUAACAAGGCUUUUACUGGCCUAACUGCGUGGUUGUAAAUCUGUAGACGCAGUGUUCAUGUCUGUAGAUGCAUUUGCAUAUUUUAAUUUAACAAGAAAAAUCCAUCUCCAAUGAGCAUAACUGCACCCUCAUAUUUGACACUUGAAUGCUUUCUGGGAAUCUAAAUCCUGGUCCUAAAACACCUUCCUGCAUGGCACUGAAUGUACAGUGACUUAUUUUCUAAGCCCAAGGUCUUUACUGUGCUUCAUUUUGUACGGGAACUAAUUUAAACAGCCAAUUAAGCAUCUUAAAUACCUGACACAAAUUGUGAUUACUGGCAUUCCCUUUUAAUUCUAGUUUUGUACGAAACAAGGACAUUAUAAAGUCAUCACCACACUCUUAAAUGUUUGUCAUUUCAUCUGUUAUUUGUAUCACUGAAGUGGCAUUAUUAUGUAGAUUAUGUGACAAUCCUUCCAUAACCUUAACAUUAUACUUGACGUGUGAAAGAAAUAAAACAAACUGUAACAGAAAACUAAAGCUACCCUAGUAUUGAUGUCACUUUAGCAGAUUAUUCAGCCACAGUAUGAGCAGUUUAUUUCCCAGCUGCCAACCAAGACCACUAUGUCCACAAUGAACAAGAUAGACAAUAAAACAUUCCUGUGCAAGCAUUUGUUUUUUCUUCUGCGGUGUAUUUAUGGACCAUGUAAUGUUUGUUCUGUUUUUGAAUGGUAAUAGUGUACUUUACAUGAAUUAAAUCCGCAGAGUUUUGUUCCAAUUUUACUUGAAUUGAUUGAUGAUUACGUCUGUAAUCUAAAUUUGUUUGAUACAAUAAAAUGUUUAAAUUGGU